AUGCUGCUUGUUUUGAGCAACAAAGAUAAGCUAACACUGUUGAAGAUGGAGGAGGGCAGGAGCAGCUUCCCUUUCCCAUACCAGCCUUACUCCAUACAGGAGCAGUUUAUGCAGGCUCUGUACCGCACUCUGGAGGACGGCAAAGUGGGAAUCUUUGAAAGCCCCACUGGAACGGGUAAAUCUCUGAGCCUAAUUUGUGGAGCGCUCAGCUGGCUCUCAGACUUCCAGAAGAAGAAGCAGCAAGAGGCGGCCGCUCUGCUGAAGGACCAGGCCGCCCCCUCAGCCUCAGCUCAGAGCACAAGCAGUAGCUCGGAAGAACCUGACUGGAUUACUGACUUUGAUGAAGAAAUUAAAAGGAAAAAGAGGGAAGUUCGCCUCGAGAUGAUACGAAACAAUGUUCAGCUGAAAUUUGCUAUGAAAAGAAAGAGUGAGGAGGAUGAGGCUUUUAAGUUACUCCAGCAGAGCACAGAGGACUCCGCAGAGGGGCCUGGAGAGAAGGAGGAUGACGAGCUGGUGGUGGCCGAAUACCAAAGUGAUGAUGAAACCACACAAACCAAAAGCAGAUUCCUUGGUCUUGAGGAAGAUGAUGAUGAAGAUUUGGUUGAAGAACAUGUUACAAAGAUUUACUACUGCAGUCGUACGCACUCCCAGCUGGCCCAGUUUGUGCACGAGGUCCAGAAGAGCCCCUUCAGUAAAGACCUGAGUGUGGUGACUCUGGGCUCCCGCCAAAAUUUAUGCAUCAAUGAGGAGGUGCGGCGUCUGGGAAGCAGUCAGCGCAUCAACGAGCGCUGCCUGGAGAUGCACAAAAACAAACGGGAGAAAUCCAGUCCUGAGGACGGAGUCAAACGUAAGCGUGGCUCUGCUAAAACGGUGUGUCCCUUUCACAAAGCCUCGGCACAGUUGCAGAUGCGAGACGAUAUUCUUGCCAGUGUUUAUGACAUGGAGCAGCUUCUGAGACGGGGGAAGGAGCUUCACUCCUGCCCCUACUACGCCACACGCCUCUCCAUACCACCAGCACAGCUGGUGGUGUUGCCCUAUCAGAUGAUCCUCCAUGAGGCCACGCGGCGUGCGGCAGGAGUCCAGCUGAAGGGCCAGGUGGUGAUCAUAGACGAAGCCCAUAACCUGAGUGACACACUCUCAUGCAUCCACAGCGCUGAAGUGACCGGAGCCCAGCUGUGCCGGGCUCACUCUCAGCUGAGCCAGUACUCCGACCGCUAUAGGAGCAGACUCUUAGCCAAGAACAUCAUGUACAUCAAACAGAUCCUGUUCGUGAUCCAGGGGCUCGUCAGAGCCCUGGGAGGUAAAGUUGGGCAGAAUCCACAAAGUCAGAGCACACAGGCUGGCACAGAAAUGUUCACCAUAAACAAUUUCUUAUUUAAGGCACAGAUUGACAAUAUUAACUUAUUUAAGCUGCAGCGAUAUUUUGAGAAGAGCCUGAUCAGCCGAAAGUUGGGGGGUUUUGUGGAGAAGUAUGCAGGCACCGGAGUCACAGUGCACCCCCACAACACGUAUACGGAGAACCGCCACACAGAGGGACUGAAUCGGUACCUCCAGAGCCUGCAGGGCAACUUUGCCCAAACAGUGAUGCUGUCUAAGCAGCAGGGCGCAGCAGAGAGUGACACUGUGCUGUCCUCUUCUCCAAUGAUGCAACUGGAGGGUUUCUUCAUGAGCCUCACCAACUGUAACACAGAUGGCCGGGUGGUGCUGCACCGCCACGGCACUCUCGCCGACAGCAGUGUGAAGUUCCUGCUCCUGAACCCGGCCGUGCACUUCGCGCAGGUGCUGAGGGAGAGCAGGGCUGUGGUCAUCGCUGGAGGCACCAUGCAGCCGGUUUCAGACUUCAAACAGGAGCUUCUCUUCUCUGCUGGCGUGGAGGAGGGUCGGAUUGCAGAGUUUUCGUGUGGGCAUGUGAUCCCUCCUGAAAACAUCCUUCCAAUAGUCCUUUGCAGCGGGCCCUCAGGUCAGGAGCUGGAUUUCACGUUCCAGAAGCGAGACUCCCCGAGCAUGAUGGACGAGACGGGCCGGGUCCUCUCCAACAUCUGUAAUGUGGUUCCUGGGGGAGUUGUGUGUUUCUUCCCCUCCUAUGACUAUGCACGAAAGAUCAUCAGUCACUGGGAGACCGCUGGAGCGCUCGGGCGUCUGGCCAGCAAGAAAAAGAUCUUCCAGGAGCCAAAAAAGGCUGGCCAGGUGGAGCAGGUGCUGAGUGAGUUCUCCCGCUGUAUCCAGAGAUGUGCACACGGUGGCGCUGUUCUCACUGGAGCCCUGCUGUUUUCUGUGGUCGGAGGGAAGAUGAGUGAAGGCAUCAACUUCUCCGACGAGUUGGGACGGUGUGUAGUGAUGGUGGGAAUGCCCUAUCCGAACAUCAAGUCCCCGGAGCUGCAGGAAAAGAUGGCUUAUCUGGACAAACACCUGCCUCACAGUGGAGGGAGGAGUCCUGGCCAGGCACUUGUCGAAAACCUCUGCAUGAGGGCGGUCAACCAGUCCAUUGGCAGAGCCAUCCGUCACCGUGGAGACUAUUCCAGCAUGGUUCUUUGUGACCGGCGUUACGCCCGCCCUGCAACUCAGGCCAAGCUGCCAGCCUGGAUCCAGGAGCGCACCAGCACGCACGCAUCCUUUGGCCCGGCUUUUGCUGCUCUCAGGAAGUUCUUUUUGGAGAAGAAGCAGCAGCAGCAGCAGCAGCAGUAA